AUGGUCGCCCCCCGCAGGACUGCGCUCCUGGAGGAGAGCGCCGAAGUGGAGGUGCUCUUCGCCAACAUGGAGAAGAUGAAGACGCUCACCAAGAAGAUCCAAGCCUCGGUCAAUCGGCUCGAUGCCAGUGGGAAAGCCGUCCAAGAAGCUAUCAGCCCAAUCUACGGCAACACUCAAAAACUGCAAAUCGCAAACACAAACGUCGACCGUAUAAUCGAGGCCAUUGAGCGACUCAGGGCACCACGAGAGGAAAGUGCAAAGGAGGAGAGGAUUAUUCGCGCGGGCCCUGGCCGGGGAGACCUGGACGGCUAUAUCGCUUCUCUCGAUCGCACAAACCUCAGUCUCCAGGACCUUAAGCGCACUAACCUGCGCUCUAACGAACAAGCCGUUGCCGAGCUUAGUGGGCUCUUGAAACUCGGUAACAAGCAACUAGAGGAUGUCUUCAGGAGUAUCUUGCAAGAUAGCUCCCGAGGAAAGGUCCAGCCAUUGGAAUAUGUCGCAAAGCAGAACCCUUUCCCUCGCAUGCCUCAAGAGAAGCUCCAGAGUCUACGCAGCAUCAACACUCACAUUACCAAAACCUUCGCCCAAGUAUCGCAAGUCGACCUGUCGCAAACUCCCACACGAAGAAUAUACGCAGAGAUCCGGGGCGAAUAUCUCGAAAGCACGUUACGCAGUCUUAUGCAAGCGUCGAUCAGCACGGCCCGAAAGGUACAGGCUGACGCGUUGUACAAGAAGGGUACCAAUGGUAUCGGAACCUACGUGCAAGCAAUCGAGGGCCUUUUCGUAGCCGAAUUCGACAACCUCAACUACGUCUUCGAUCGGGACGAAUGGAGCGACGUCUAUGUGGCGACAUGCCAGUUUCCGCUACAAGACUUUACCAAAACACUGCGCGAGCUCAACGGACAUAUCCAGAAGAAUCUCCUGACCGACUGCUUUCUAGGCUUUGAGAUAUGUGGUCUGGUACGGACACUAUCCAUGCGGCUUCAGAAGCAGACGGGUGCGCUCAAGGACCAGAUUUACGACAGCGUGAAGCCAGUUCGGGAAACGUCGAAGAUGUCUUUGGGCAAAAUGCUAGAAGACACGAGAUCUCGCACACAGGCACUCAUUGCGCUGCCUAUUGAUGGCGGGCCGGUGGAGAUGACUACACAGACGAUGCGACGCCUGCAGGAAUUGACAAACUAUCUAGAGCCUCUCACAUCAAUAUUGGCAUCUCUGGGUGAAGGCGGCUGGAACUCCAACUCGGCCAACAACUCUUCUACAACUCUAGACGUUGGCCCCGACGGCGUGAGGCUUUUCGGACAAUAUGCCGCCGAUUGCAUCGAUACGCUGUUACAGAAUCUGAGCGUAAAGGCCAAGACACUGCUAAAGGGCAAGAACUUGCAGGGUAUCUUCCUAGCCAACAACGUUGCCAUUGUCAUGCGGAUCAUCCGCUCGUCAGAACUAGCACCUCUCAUGGGCAGCUACGAGAAGAAGCUCGCGGAUUGGCGGAAGCAAGGCACAGCCAUGUAUCUUGAGGCAUGGCGCGAGCCGUCUGGUUACCUGCUCGAUGUACAAUACACGAACCGUACCAAGGAACGGCCGACAUCCAGCGGAGCCGACUCGGCAGCUAUUGUAAAGACACUCAGUUCAAAGGACAAGGACGCAAUCAAGGAAAAGUUCAAGAACUUCAACACAAGCUUCGACGAUCUUGUCACACGUCACAAGUCGUACGCGAUGGAGCCCGAGGUGCGGAACCAGCUGAGCAAAGAGGUACAGAACAUCAUCGAGCCCUUGUACAACCGAUUCUACGAUAGGUACCGGGAGAUUGACAAGGGCAAGGGCAAGUAUGUCAAGUACGACAAGACCGAGUUGAACAAGGCACUGGCGAGCUUUGCAUAGUGUAAUGGUUGCGGCGUUGUGGCUUGUUUGUUUGCGCAGAAUACCCUUUGAUUUGCAUGUACAGGAUAGCGAUACAGAUAGAGAGCUAGGCUAGGUUGGAUAUAUGAGCCCAGGGCCAUGCUGGCGGAGGCGGUGUAAUUGGAUACAUAUGUAGGGUCGAGUCUUGCACUCCCAUGUCUUGUGGUGCCACGCUACACCUGGUACCGUGAGGGGUGAAGGAGCAUGGCGUGAGAUUGCCGGGGAGGCAGCGAUGGAGUGCAGUAAUAUCAAUUAGGCGCGUUGUUGCUCG